GCAACCACUUGCAAACAUACAGUACAUCACUCAAAGAAACUGGUGGGUCCCGGAGUAACUCCGACAACUGGGAAUUUAGAGAGAGUGACCGCCACUGUAAAGUUUAUGCAUCCAAAAUUUUACUAAGUCGGGCACCGACGAAACACAAUGAAUAACAAAUUUCCUCCCAAACUCAGCACUGUGCUAAUGACACCUGACCCGCACUACAUACCAGGGUAUGCGGGGUACUGCCCUCAGCUGAAGUACAACGUGGGGAACACGUACGGGAAACUGACGGCCCGACUCCUGACCAGCCCAGAUGUUCCUCGCUCGCAGAGACUCGUCCUGCACAGCGGGAGGUUCCCGUCGACAGAGACGGACACGGGCCCCCGAGACGAGAUCUGGAGGAGUCGCCAAGGAGACCAGAGACCGCUGGAGAGGAUGAUCCCUGGAUACACAGGCUUUGUCCCCAAAAGCCAGAACUACUUCUCCAGGACUUAUGCAGAGACGUGUCGAGAAGCGCUUUCCGAGUUUGACAGGGAACAGCGGCUCAGAUUCGAGAAGGCAGCGGCGCCUGACUUUACACCAAAACACAGCAGCAGCCUGCCUGAGCGCAAACUCCCUCGCUAUAACACCGCUCUGGCACCCAUUUCCAAAGAGGCAUCUCCGUAUCUCUCCCCAGAAGCCUGGCAUCCACAUGGCUCCCCGUAUUUCAUGGACAAUGAAAACCCCCACAAGUAUUUCAUCUCAGGCUUCACUGGAUACGUCCCGAAAGCUCGUUUCCUCAUGGGCACCGGCUAUCCGAUAACCACCAACAAGGCCCUUAUCCAGUUCAAUCAGGAGAUAAACAAGAGUGACCCUGGUACAUUCCCACUUCCAGGGGAACCCAGAGUGGGAUACAGUCUUCCUCCGAUCUCCACGAUCUACCCAUCAAACCUGGGUCUCUUGCCCUCCUACACUGGUCACGUGCCCGGGUACAGGUUCCAGUAUGGCCAUACCUUUGGACAUCUCACCCACAAUUCCCUGGGUCUCAGCACUGUUCAGAAACAGAUGGCAGCUUAGUGAAGACCAGCCCUGAAGUGGUAACCUCUUCACAUUGUCAGUGAAAUACAGGGAUAAAACUAUCAACUCCUGAUUCCUGCAGUGAUUCAGUGAAAAAGAGGAAUGAUUUAUUUUACACUCAGGUCUUUUUAAAUUGUUUUAUUUUAAAGUCUCUGAGUUCUCUUUAGAAAUAGAGUAGAGAUUUGAAAUGGAUGAAGUUUCCAGCAUGUGAACAGCAUUUAAUCAGGUCUGAAAAUUAGGCUGCUACAGUCUGUUUUAAGCUGUUUACUCUUUAGAUGAGCCAGAUCACAGCACAAAUGAUUUCCAUGGGCGGGGGUCAGCUUUAUUAACUUCAUUUGAAAUGUCAAUUUCUUCUACUUAUCUGAUCAGUAAAAAAUCAAAGGUGCAAUAUUUAAAAAAAAACUACUGUUAUUUCAGAUUGAUAUAUAUUGAUCUUCAUGUGGUGGAUUUGAUUGAAUUUGAUGUUUUAUACCAUUACAGUGUUCCAUUCUAAUGCACUGAACAGUGAAUAAAUUAUAUUGAUAAAGCCCCAAACACUCAAUGAAACUGUACAAUCACUCACAAAAGUAUCUGGUAUUCUGUUAAAAUUCUUUUAUGCCCCUUCUGUACAAAUAUGGCUGUUUCCGUCCUGCUGUGAAAUGUUAUGGACAUUUGUUUAGCCACUUUGCACUUUAAAGCAAUAUUAAUAACACUCGAUUAUCUGUUUGACCUAACUCAUGAUAAAUAUUGUGUCCUUAAUGAAAUGUAUUGAAAAUAUUUAAAGGCCUUUUUAAAUAUGAUCUUUACAGCUCUCUGUAUAAAAAGUGCCAUUUUAUUUCACUUU